UUAAUCUUUCUAAAAUGCAAGACCAAAAGUUGCUUACAUUCUUUGUAGUACAUCGGAAGCAACGUAAUAAAGUGCAAAGAAGUGUGGACACAUUGAUCAAAAGUUACUUGGUUCAACAGCAACUCAAGAUUCAAACCAGCAAGUGUACAGUGUAAUGGGCUGUGCACUCUAAAUUUCUCGACACAUCAACACACUACUCAUUGCAACACAAAACAAUGAGAGGAGAAGAAAAAUCUUAAAAUAGCCAGGCAACACAUCUCCUUUCUGUCUUCAUUUGUCAUGCUACAUCAAGAUACAUUAAUCAUUAGUUUGGCAUCAACAGGGUCACAUUCUUUUACUUGUUCACUACUUGAUGGAAAUAAGUCACUAGUCCGCCACAAGAGCCACAGGUGGCCCCAGGGCCAUUGUUGCAUUGCACUGCAUUGUUUGCAGAUCCCGUAUGAGACACUUUAUCUGAAUUUAUAGCCACAUUUCGAUAGGGGGCGGUAUACAUGCUAAUUCUGCUACCGUAAUGCCACCAGCCAAAGAGAAGAAGAAUUCUCCCACGCUCUUGAGCGGACGUGGCUCUGACUGUCCAUCGAGGACCUGACAAAUAAUACUCAUGCAGCGCUGCCUGACUUUGACCGUUGUUCGGAACAGUAAACUCCUCCUAAGAAAUAAAGUUGCGUCAGCUUAUCGCCAGCAGUCCGCAGCAAUGUCAGGUCUCCUAAUCAACCAGCCCAAAUAUGCUUGGCUAAAGGAGCUAGGCCUGUCAGAGGACAACCCCGGUGUUUACAACGGCAGCUGGGGAGGCAGCGGCGAGGUGGUAACCUCAUACUGUCCUGCAAACAACGAGCCAAUCGCCAGAGUGACUCAAGCAACUUUGGCUGAGUACGAAGAAACUGUGCAGAAGACCCGUGAGGCCUGGAAGUUGUGGGCUGAUAUUCCCGCUCCCAAGAGAGGGGAGAUUGUCAGGCAGAUUGGAGAUGCCCUGAGGAAAAAGAUCAAAGUAUUAGGAAGCCUGGUCUCCCUUGAAAUGGGAAAGAUCUACGUUGAAGGAGUGGGGGAGGUUCAAGAGUAUGUCGACGUCUGUGACUAUGCAGUUGGUUUGUCAAGAAUGAUUGGCGGACCCAUCCUGCCUUCGGAAAGACCUGGCCAUGCCCUGAUUGAACAGUGGAAUCCUGUUGGUCUUGUCGGCAUUAUCACUGCGUUUAACUUCCCUGUCGCGGUCUACGGCUGGAACAACGCCAUCGCCCUGACCUGCGGAAAUGUUUGCCUCUGGAAAGGUGCACCGACAACACCACUCACAAGCGUUGCUGUCACUAAGAUAGUUGCAGAGGUGCUGGAACAGAAUAACCUUCCUGGUGCCAUCUGCUCCAUGACCUGCGGAGGAGCAGACAUUGGCACAGCUAUGGCUAAAGACGAGCGGGUGGAUCUGGUGUCCUUCACAGGCAGCACCCAUGUUGGCAAGAUGGUGGCCAUGAUGGUGCAGGAGCGAUUUGGUCGCAAGCUGCUGGAGCUGGGUGGCAACAACGCCAUUAUUGUGUUUGAGGAUGCUGACUUGAAUCUAGUUGUCCCGUCGGCUGUCUUCGCUUCUGUUGGAACGGCUGGCCAGCGCUGCACGACCACCCGACGGCUAAUGUUGCAUGAGAGUGUUCACGACGCAGUGGUGGAGAGGAUCACUAAGGCCUAUAAACAAGUGCGCAUUGGUGACCCCUGGGAUCCCAGCACCUUAUAUGGGCCACUGCACACAAAACAAGCCGUGGAGCAGUAUCUGGCAGCUGUCGAGCAAGCCAAGCAGCAGGGGGGCACCGUAGUAUGUGGAGGGAAAGUGAUGGACCGACCUGGGAACUACGUGGAGCCCACAAUCAUCACAGGGCUGGCUCAUGAUGCUCCAAUUGUCCACACGGAAACCUUCGUCCCCAUCCUGUACGUCCUAAAGUUCAAGACGGAAGAGGAGGCGUUCGCUUGGAACAAUGAGGUCCAGCAAGGUCUUUCCAGCAGCAUCUUCACUAAAGAUAUGGGACGUGUUUUCCGCUGGCUGGGGCCCAAGGGCUCCGACUGUGGCAUUGUCAAUGUCAACAUUCCCACGAGUGGAGCAGAAAUCGGUGGAGCUUUUGGAGGUGAGAAGCACACAGGAGGUGGAAGGGAGUCUGGCAGCGACUCCUGGAAGCAGUACAUGAGGCGGUCCACCUGCACCAUCAACUACAGCAAAGAUCUUCCUCUGGCUCAGGGAAUCAAGUUUGAGUGAAGUCACUGACACAUUCGCUUCCCAGUAAACGGUUUUUGAGACACAAACCCCUGGUGACGUCAGCAUUUCAUUCAAAUAGGUCAAUUUGAAAAUGCCAUUUGAAAUCAUAAUAGCUCUAACCCUAGUUCUUUAAAUCGUCUACAGUUUUAACUGUAAAAUUAACUCUCUUCUGGUUCACAUUCUUAGUGCUCAAGGUCAAAUAGAGUUCAAUGUUUGGGUGUGCACUUUCUACAAGCACUUAGAAAUGGAGAAACUGUAUGCUGCAUAAUUCUUUAUACUGUCAUGAAGAAAUAAAUAUUUUCUUUGGUGGAAAAGCAAACUGGAUUGUCUGU